CAAAAACGUAUAUAUACCAAGGCAGCAAAGUGGUGUCUCAACGCGCAUGUUCUAGCAAUGGAAGAUGACCUUUUUUCCUUUCUGAGAAAAAUGAUUUGUACAUUUAUAGUUUUUGUCGAUAUGUAUAAAACUUUAUUCAUCAAUCAAGAAUUAUCAGCAACGUUGCUACACAUUAAUAGUCUUUGGUCAAAUGACAAUUGUUUGUUAUAGAAUCUACAGAUUAUAUCACAAAUAAUUGUUCACACUUUAACUACUUCUCCACUAUAUAAAUACCCCCUUUUGUCCAACCCCUUGUGAUAAUACACCAACAUCAUCCUUUUUGUAUGAUUUUCUUGAUUCUCUAUAGUCUCUUGAUUCUUUUUUGUGUGAGUUUGAAUUGAGAUUUUUUUUUUUUUGUUUCUUUGUUACUGUACUUUUUAUCUGAUCAAAAGCCUUUGAAUUCUUCCUGGGGUUUUGGGUUUUGGAUUUUUGAGUUUGUGGGGUGGUUUAGAAUGGAGCCAUUUGAUGGGAAUCAAAGAAAUGGGCAGGGUAUGAAUUUGAGUGAUGGGAUUUGGAUGGAGCCAUUGAAUAGGAACCAAAGAAAUGGGGAUGGUUUGAAUUUGAGUUAUGGGAUUGGGUUGGAACCAUUGGACAGGAAUCAAAGAAAUGGGGAUGGUUUGAAUUUGAGUUAUGGGAUUGGGUUGGAGCCGUUGAGUGAGAAUCAAAGAAAGUGGAAAGGUUUGAAUUUGAGUUAUGGAGUUGGAAUGGAGCCAUUGGAUAGGAAUCAAAGAAAUGGGGAGGGUUUGAAUUUGAGUUUUGGAGUUGGAAUGGAGCCAUUGGGUAGGAACCAAAGAAGUGGGGAGGGUUUGGAUUUGAGUGAUGGGAUUGAGAUGGCGCCGUUGGAUAGGAACCAAAGAAAUGGGGAUAGUUUGAAUUUGAGUUAUGGGAUUGAGAUACCGCCGUUGAGUAGGAAUCAAAGAAUUAGGGAGGGUUUGAAUUCGAGUUAUGGGAUUGCGAUGGAGCCAUUGGAUAGGAACCAAAGAAAUGGGGAGGGUUUGAAUUUGAGUGAUGGGAUUGAGAUGGCAGCGUUGAGUAGGAAUCAAAGAAUUGCGGAGGGUUUGAAUUUCAGUGAGGUGAUUGAGAUGAUGCCAUUGGAUAGGAAUCAAAGAAGUGGGGAGGGUUUGAAUUUGAGUGGGGGGAUUGGGAUGAUGCCAUUGGAUAGGAAUCAAAGAAGUGGGGAGGGUUUGAAUUUGGGUGGGGGGAUUGGGAUGAAGAGGGUUAGUGUGGGAGUGGAAGGGAACUCAGUGGUUAAAAAGGCUAGGCUUGCUGAUGAAGUUUUUCGUUUUCACAAAUUCAUUAAUGAGAAUGUUGCUUUAGAAAAGGUUAAGGUUGAUGAGCAUUUAGAAGGUACAAGCCAAGUCAUGGUUUCCGAAAAACUUGAUGAAAGUAUUGGGCAUAUAGGUAACAUGGACAUUUUGGAAGGGGGAGGGAUCAAGAAUGGAGCAAUGGGUGCUGGAGAAUUCGUUGUUGGGUGUCAAGAAGGUGGACUUUCAAGUGUACCUGAAGAGUCUCACAAUGGGAACUUAGGGAGUGCUAAUGGUGGCAAUGAAUUGGGUUUUGAUCUUAAUAUUCCAGCUCUGGAAGCAGGUGAUGGGAGUACUUUAGUUGGUUUGCAGGAGUAUAAUCAGAGGACUGUUGAAUUAAAUGAAAUUAGGUCUGAUGAGAGUGACCGCCGGGAGGAAAGAGUGAACAGGGGAAAGGCAAAGCAAAUUGAGGAAAUAAUGCCUUAUGAUACCUUUGGAAAUGUCACACUUGAGUUGGGAGUGAUGAAGAAAGACCAGGAUAUUGGUGGAAGUAAUCAAUUGGGUGGUGAGAAAAGAUACACCAGAGAAGAAAAGGGGAAGGCUAAGGUUGACAACUUUUGGUUGGACUUGCAACACAGGCAGCAGCAGCAGCAGGAGGCUGUUGCAACAGUGCCACAGUUAGGAUCCAUCCAGCAUAGACAAAAUGUUGAUGUGUUACCAAUUGAAAAUGUCAACAACAACACACCCAGUGUGAUCCCUCAAGUGGGGUCUGGGGAGGGUGGGGUAUACGCAGACCUUACCCCCGCUACCUUGUCCGAGGUCGAAGAUAGAAAAAGGUCGAUCGCUGAAAAUGUAUCAAGACAAGCAAUUGCAUUAAGGGAAAAGGCUCCUCACUUUGCGCGCUAUGAUGCUUCCCGUGAAGGCUCUUCUGCUCAGGAAAAGAAAUUGCCAACUUUGGAAACUCUUAAAGAUCUAGGGAACACCCCCGAUCCGUUUUCUACUGCAUUGAAGAGGAUUAAGGAGCGUAUACCUAAACAAAAGGGUGAGAAAUUGGUUAGAUGGGAAGCAGCUCAAAAUCCUGAGAAUAAAGAGUUUCCUCGUGUGAUUCCUUCACUGCUAGAUCUUUCCCUGAAAGCCCUUGCAGAAAAUGCUGAAGCAAUAGUUUCUCUCCAAGGUGUCCCUGAUAUCUUGAGGCAAAGAUUGACUGAACUGCUCUGCAAUUCUAGGAAAAUGAGUUCUCAUAUGUUGGACCUUCUUGUUCAAGGAUCACCAACUCAAAUUCGUAUAAAGGACUGUUCAUGGUUAACAGAAAAGCAGUUUUGCGACUCAUUUAGAGACUUUGAUAGAAGAAACUUGAUGGUGCUUCAACUAGAUCUCUGCGGACAACCCGCACUUGAUCACGUGUUGGGUACAACCAUUGCUCCGUCUUCAAAUAGCUUACCUAAUUUAGCCAUCUUGUCACUGAGGGGUGCUAGUCGGAUGUCUGAUAGAGCGCUGGAAAUACUUGUUACAUCAGCACCUUCUCUGCAAUCCAUUGAUUUGGGUCAGUGCUCCCUUUUGAGCCACACUGGUAUUGAUAUUGUGGCCAACUUAUUGGGAUCAAUUCUCAAGGAGCUCUAUAUAGAUGAGUGCCAGAGCAUAGAUGCAAUACUUAUAUUACCUGCACUGGAGAAGUUGGAGCAUUUGGAAGUGUUGUCAGUAGGUGGAAUUCAUAGUGUAUGUGAUCAGUUUGUAAGCGAGUUACUUGCAGCACGUGGUCAAAAUUUAAAAGAGCUUGAUAUUUCCGAUUGUGAGAAUCUGACAGAUCAGUCCCUGAAGUUCAUUGGAGAUACAUGUGCUAACUUGCAUUCAUUAAAUAUUUCCAACUUGAGUAAUUUGACAGAUGUGGGACUACAAUUUCUCGCCAAUGGUUGUCGAUCAAUCCGAAAACUCAAAUUUUGCCGUAAUAGUUUCAGUGAUGAAGGUAUUGCUGCAUUUCUUGAAGCUUCUGGAGCAUGUUUGGAGGAACUUUCACUGAAUAAUUGCUCUAAGGUUAGCACUAUCACUGCCUUCUCACUAGCCAACAGUUCGAGAAAGUUACUGCAUUUGGACCUAUCAUGGUGUCGCAGAAUAAGUGACGAAGAGCUAGGACUGAUUGUGGACAGCUGCUUGUCGCUCAAGCUACUCAAACUUUUUGGAUGUACACAGAUAACAGAUGUAUUCAUAAAUGGUCACUCAAACACUGUAGUGCAGAUCAUUGGAUUGAGUAUGACUCCGAUAUUUGAUAAGAUUAGCAGGUUUGAUGGCAUGGAAGUUCUGUUGAAGCAUUCACCAACAGUCUUCCAAUUCAUGAACGACCAUUAUGAUUCAUGAUGCAUCUAAAGAUUCCUCAAUGCACAGUAUUACACCCAUUGGAACAAAUAGAAAUUGUCUUUUUUGUUGUAAUCUUUUCUUUUGGAGCAGCCUCUUCUUCCUUAUUUUUGAGUUAGAUUUUACUUUACAGGUUAUACAUGAUAACUAGAAUGAAAAUGGCUGCCAAAAUCUGGCCUUAUAGCAAUACCUUUCUUGUCCUCAACGUUGUAGCUUGUUUCUUUCUGAUCAUAGAUUGCAUUGAGUUGAUUACUAUAACAAGUAUCUCCUUAUUGCUAAA